ACCACUUGAGAGCACUAGAAGCAUAUAGAGAUAAAAGGGAAUUUUUUUUAAAAAAAAAAUUGGAUGUGAGUAUGUUGACUGGAUUCAUCUGGUUUAAGAGAGGUCAGCGGCGAAAUCUUGUGUACACGGAAAUAAACCUCCGGGUUACAUUAGGGGCAGGGUAUUUCUGGAAAGAUGAGAGACUGUCGGAUACUCGUUAUCAGAUAUUUGUGUCACAUGAUGACAGGCUUUGGGCAGCGUGAUGCUGGGUACUACGCUGUUCGCGGUGAUGGGGUUAUACGUGGCUCUGGUAUCCAUUGGCUGCACACAGCUGGAGAAGAUACAAGCAGCGCUGAUGGACAUCAAUCAGCAGCGACUGCCUGAGAUGCAGACCAGUCUCGUGCAAUGCGUGAAGCACCAUCAGCAUGUCCUUAGGUACAUGAAGGAGCUGGAGACAACCUUCAGCCCUGUUCUGUUUGGACCAUUUCUGUCGGUGGUGGCAGCACUGUGUUUUACCGCUUACACAGCCAUAAGAAUAGGUGGAAAGUUUGUGGAGAUUAUUCAGAUCUUCAUAAUAACGGCCGCAAUGAUGUUCCAAUUACAGGCAGUUUGUUGGUUUGGUACGGAGCUCAAUAAGCAGUCUGGUAGAGUGAGGGACGCUGCUUUUGGAAGCGAUUGGGUUGGGGCGCCUGUCGCCUUCCAGCGAUCCAUAAGAUUCAUAAUUUCUGUAACCAAGGAUUUCACACUUACAGCCGGCAAGGUUAUACCAGUGUAUCAAAGCACCGUGAUGGUGGUACUGAACGAGACAUACAGAUUUUUAAUGGUGCUGCUAAACUUUGUGGACAAAUCAUCGGAAGUUCAGUAA